CUAGUGUGAGUACACCCUUAGACUGACUUCCUGAUCAUCUGACUCGACGCACUGAAAUCGAAAGUAAAAUAUACAAGUGAAAGUAAAGUUGAUCCGCGGACAUUUCACGAACACGAGCGAAACAUUUAUAUUUGUGCUGAUUUAUGGCUAAAGGACAUGAUUGAUUUGAUUUAAUGUGAGAGUUGAAGAUGCGCGGAUCGAGCUGUGUUUUGAUGUCAGUGCUGCUGAUGAUCGCCGAUGGUUUGAUUGUAAAAGGUCCCUCUGGUCCUCUGGUUGCUCCUCUGGGAUCCUCCGUGGUUUUGCCCUGUUCUGUUGAUGAACUUUUAUCAGUGAAGGAUCUGGAGGUGGAAUGGAGAAGAACAGACUCUGAGGCUUUAGUUCAUCUGUAUCAGGAAGGUGAGAGUCGAACAGAAUCCCAGCAGCAGGAUUAUCAGGAUAGAGCUCAUUUCUUCACUGAUCAGAUACAACAUGGAAACUUCUCCCUCCGGCUGGACGAUCUGAGAGCUGAAGAUGAGGGACAGUAUAAAUGUAAAGUUUACAUUCAGCAAGAGUCUGGUGAGACUGUGGUUCAGAUAAAAGUUAAUGCUGAGCGUUUGCUAGUAUCAGGAUCGAGUCGCUCCAUAUCUGCGUCUGUGGGUGAAGACGUCACUCUGAACUGCUCUGUGGACUCUCACAUCCCACCUGGAGACUUUGAAGAGGUUUCAUGGACGAAAACAGAUGAAGAUAUUCAGGUUCUACUCUACCAAGACAAUGAGGCACAUUCAUCAAAUGAGCGAUAUAGAGACAGAGUUGAGUUCUUCCCUGCUGAAAUCCCCAAAGGAAACUUCUCUCUCAGACUGAAGAACUUCAGAACUGAAGAUAAAGGAGUUUACAUGUGUAAGGUGUUUGCUGGAGGACUUUCAGCCAAUGCAACUGUACUACUGGAGCAACUAGGUUUCUCUGCUUUACACAUAAUGAUGCUGAUUCUCUGUAUCUCUGCGUCUGGAUCUGCACUUCUGCUCUUCUGCCUGAUCUACUGCAGAUCGAAUACUAACGACACAGUCUUUCGUCUUCAGAUGUUUCUCGUCUUCUGUCCAAAUGUUCUGAUGUUUCUAGCGUUUGUCCUCUGGGGUGUUUCUGAAGGGUCUCUGUUUGAGUCGGUCUCUUGUUGUGCUCUUUAUUUUCUGAGGCCUUUCAUGUUGCUCUGGACGGCUCCAUAUAUUAAUAACUUCACAGGCAACAUUAAAACAUGGGUUCGAAAAUACAGUUCUAGAUCAGAAUAUAUUGUUUUCUCUGCUGUUUUUUAUUCAGUUCUGUUUAAAUCUGCCGUGGACAAGAGUCUGAAUUACACUGGAUUUGAAGGAGUCAUGAUUAUAGUCCUUUUUGUGAUGGUGAUUCUGUUCAACCUCAUCUAUAUUAUUGCCUUGUUGCUGAAAUUGAUUGGUAAAUCAAGUGAACGGAUGAUUACUAUAUUCGAUGAACUGGCUGAAAUCAGUUUUAAUAUUCUGCCUUCACUUCAGUUCAUCCUCAUCUUCUACUCCUUUGGAUCUGCCAGAGGAGGAUUCAUCAUUGUUGCAGUUUUACCAGUGUUUACCUCAGUGAUGAGUUAUGACUGGAACACAGAAUUUGAUCAAGAUAUGGGUUGUUCACCUGCGCUCAGGAGAUCAGUGUGGUUAACUGUCAUGAUGCUGAUCAAUGCUGUAUUGGUCUAUUUCUACAUCACAGCUCUGGAAAAUGAAAAGGAUCGUGUCGGAUGGGUCUGUGUGAUUGUGUUUCUCCAGACGCUCUGGGCACUGGUCAACUUCGCAUACUCAUUUGAUGAUUUCGAUCUUCCUCGUGUCGCAGCUGUGUAUGUGUUUGGAUCAGUCGGUGUUGUGUUACUGAACUCUGUUGCUCUGAUGAUUGAACUGAUCCUCAAAACAGUUAAUGGUGAAGGAGCGACGGGAGACAUGAGGAUCAUCGUCUUCUCCUCUGAAUUACUCUUCACUUUAAUUCUGAUUAUUUUAAUGGUAUUUGAACCCUGGAUCACACCAUGUCUGCAGUCGUGUACGAAGUCAAUGAAGUCUUGUCGAGCUGCAGCCGCUGGAUCACAGAAUCAGGAAUCUCAGAGCCAGAACCAGAACCCAGCAGAAGCACAUGCGAUGAAUCCUCUACUGAACACACAACACCAGGAGAACAGCAGGAGCACCGGGACGGAGGAAGCUCAGCCGGAUUCAGUGGUUUCACAAUCAUAAUCAACAGUCAGAGAAAAACACUUGUGAGGAGCUUUCCUCUGAGAUUUAAGAGUUCAGUCUCAUUCUUCAUCUGUUAUUGAGGCCGUUAUUUAAUGUGUGUUUGCUGUAAAUAUAUGCAGGAUGUUUAACUGCUAUUGCAUGUGUUCUUUAUAUUGAUGUAAUAGUGAUUUUCUCUUAUAACUAACUCUAGUUAGUUAGUCUUCAGCAAUAGAAAUGAAACUGAGAUUCCUUUAAGAUCAAUGGAGAGAAAUCAGUGUUAUAAUAUUAACUUUAAUAAACACGUCUGUGGAUUGAUGCUGGAGUCUCAAGAUCACAGAGAUCCCAGUUACUGUAUCCCACAAUGCAAAGCGUUUCACCUGAUUCUCCAUAUCCAGUGUGAUGACAGAAGCAGAAGUAACUCAGACAGAUGAUGUAUUUCUGCUCUAUCUCAGAUGGACUCAUGAGAACAGCUGGACUGUAGUUAGGGUCAAACACUGGAGGAGCUCAGACAACUACUGCAUGUGUUCAUUGUAGGGAUGUGCGCAACGACUCAUUUUACUGUCGUUUAAACGGAAGUUUUGUAUCCGACUAGCAAGGAAAAAAGCAAGAACCCCCCAAAAGAUGGUAAAAAAAAAAAAAAAAUUGUGUAUGUAAUAGCCUGCAUUUGAAACACACACUGACGAAUCACUCACUCAAUGAAUUCUGCUAAAAAUACGUAACAGUUAUGCUGUUCUCUUGCCUUGCAUUAUCAUCAUUUAAUUUUAAAAUUGUGGGGAAGUCUUGGCCUAGUGGUUAGAGAGUUUGACUCUUAUCUGUAAGGUUGUGGGUUCGAGUCUCAGGCUGGUAAUACCACGACAGAGGUGUCCUUGAGCAAGACACUGAACGUGUGUGUGCGUGUGUGUGCGCGUGUGUGUGCGUGUGUGUGUGUGUGUGUGCAGAUGGUUUGAUAGAUGCUAUGAUAGACUGCACUGUAAGUAUCUGCUGAAUUGUGAUCUGAUAUCUGUUUAACUGUAUCAGUAUCUCUGUUAUAUUGAUCAUCUGUGUCAUCUGUUUCUUUUAUAUAAACACACAAACACACACACCUAACGUUUACACACACACACACACACGGGCACAUAAUGAACCAUGAGCACAAACACACAUCAGAACAGCUGCAGUUUCAGAACAGCUUUUGAAUUAAAUAAUGAAAUCAUUUAUUGGAUUAAUAAAGUUUGUGUUGUGUUGUCAUGUUGUAAAUUUGUGAUGUAAUAAAUCAUUUCUAAAGAA